AUGGAAAUGUUUAGAGAAGGAGGCUCCACCUCAAGACCUCCGAUGCUGGAAGGAGCCAAUUAUCCAUACUGGAAAACUAAGAUGCGUGCCUUCUUGAGAGUUGUAGAUGAAAGAGUUUGGAUGUCCAUAGAAGGAGGGUGGUGGAAACCAACGAUGAUGGAGAAUGAAAUCGUUAUACCCAAACCCAUGAGUCAAUGGACCACUGUUGAAAUGGAAAGAGCGAAUUUCAACUCAAAGGCUCUUCAUGCCUUGUUUAAUGCCGUCUCCACUAACGAGUUGAAGGUUAUAGCCAAUUGUGAAAUUGCUGAGGAAGCAUGGGAGAAGCUAAAGAUUAAGAACGAGGGAACUGAUGCUGUCAAGAAAUCAAGGCUGCGUGCCUUGGCAAAGGCUUUCGAAAAUCUUACCAUGGAGGAGGAUGAGUCUGUGGCUGAAUUCCAUGCAAAACUUUGUGACAUCUCUAAUGAAUCGUAUGCUCUGGGGAAAACUUACUCUAACUCGAAACUGGUUCGAAAGGUGCUUAGUGUCCUCCCCAGAAGAUUCAUGUCCAAAGUUACCUCUAUCGAAGAAAUCAGAAACAUUGAGGAACUCGAUCUUGACGAACUCAUCGGGUCUUUGCAAAACUAUGAGCUAUCACUAUCUAGGUGGAAGAAAACCAAGAAACAAAAGGAGGUGGUGAAAGAAAAUUCAGAUGUUGGCAUUACACUUAUUCACCAAGAAAAAAAGAAACCUGUUCUGGAAGAUUUGAAUGGCAUUACAGAUGAAACGGUUGCCUUGUUAACAAGAAACUAUGCAAAAUUCUUGAAAAAGAACUACAGGAAAAAUUCACCAGCUGACAAAGAAAAUCUUCUCAGGAGAAAUAAAGGAGUAAAUUUCAAACCAAGACAAGCCUCAACUGAUCAAAAGGGCCGAGGAAUUAAGUGCAGAGAAUGUGAUGGAUAUGGUCACAUUCAGGCUGAGUGCGGCAACACACUAAAAAAGAAAAAGGCCCUUGCAGCAACUUGGAGUGAUAGUGAUGAGGAAAAGAACUCCACAGCCAGUGAAGGAUCAGAUGAGGAAAAGCAGGUACUGGCAUUCAUGGCCCAAAGCUGUAAUCCAGUUGAGUCUGAAGAUGAUGCAGUCUCCACCUCAUUAGAAGCAGACAGCACAGGUCGUCAACAUGCUUAUGAAGAAAUGUUUGCACAAUGGGAGUACAUGACUAAACAGAUCCGUGCCCUAAAGAACUCUCUAGAGCAAGUGGAGACUGAAAAAGGAAAGUUAGAAGACACUGUCAAAAAUCUCAACCGACUUCUUGAUGAAAAGGAGAAUGAGAUCUAUAAACUCACAGCUGAUCUAAUCCGAACCAAGCAAGCUUUACAGUUCAUUCCCCCAGGCACUGCUGCUAUCAAUCAAACCCUACAGCUUCAGAAGCCCUAUGGUGAUCGAACCUCAUUAGGAUAUAAGAUGCUAUAUAAACAAGGGAAUGACCUGUCUGUUGAGCAUUCCUUACCCUCCAAUGUCAAUUCAUCAAAGAAGGAAGAUGGGUUACCUGACACCUCAAUCACCAUUAACGAAUCUGACUCAUCUGAGAGGAGACAGGUUCCAACAGGACCCAUCAAACUCAAGUUUGAAGGAAGGAGGACUGAUGCUGACAACCUUCUACAGAAUGACAAUUUCAUUCGUACAUGUCAUUUCUGUAAUAGGAGAGGUCACAUUCGACCUAAGUGUUACAAAUUGCAGAACUACUUGAAAGCCAUGAUCAAUCGACCAAAUAGUUUCCCUCCACCAAAUAAGUCACAUGGACGCAAACCUCGUCGAGAAUGGAAAAUAAAGUCCAAACCAAAUCCUGAUGCUAGUCUGGUUGCGAAGCUAUCCCUGUCUGCCUUUGUUGAAGGUCAGUGGGAUGGUAACAAAGGGCAGAUUGCUGGGAGAGGUGAUGUGAAUGUGAAUGGAGCAGCUCAGCUGACUAAUGUCCUAUAUGUGAGAGGACUCAAAGCAAAUCUCAUCAGCAUCGGCCAAUUGUGUGACGACAAUCUCUCUGUAAGUUUCACUAAAACUCAAUGUUUAGUUUCAUCUGAUGGGUGUGUUGUCUUAACAGGAAACAGAACUGUAGACCAGUGCUAUGCUAUAUGCAAUACCAUAGUGUGCAACAGGACCUUCUUGGACAAACCUGACUUAUGGCACUACAGGCUGGGACAUUUGAACUACAGAGAUCUCCAAAGAUUGGUGAAGCUUCAAGCUGUAAGGGGAAUUCCUGACAUGAAAGUUUCCAAAGAGAGAGUAUGUGGUCCAUGUCAGCUUGGAAAACAGCAUAAGGCAUCUCAUCCCACAAUUAAUAGACUUCUCACCUCUCGUGUGUUGGAACUAAUGCAUGUUGACUUAAUGGGGCCAAUGCAGAAUGAAAGUAUCAGUGGGAAAAGAUAUGUAAUGGUCUUGGUGGAUGACUACUCUCGGUUUACCUGGGUUUAA